ACUGGAGGCCCCGCUCAACCAUGACCCGAAGCUGCAGGCUGUGCGGCCCUGCCCAGGCCGCCGUCCUGCUGGCCGCGCUGCUGGGCGGCCCGGCGCUGGCCUCGGAGAUCGUGGGGGGCCAGCGGGCCCGGCCGCACGCGUGGCCCUUCAUGGUGUCCCUGCAGCGGCGCGGCCAACACUUCUGCGGCGGGACCCUGAUCGCGCGGAACUUCGUGCUGUCGGCCGCGCACUGUCUGAACGGCCUGAACUCCCAGUUGGUGCGCGUGGUGCUGGGGGCGCAUAACCUGCGGCGGCGAGAGGCCACCCGGCAGACGUUCCGGGUUCAGCGGGUCUUUGAAAACAGCUUCGACCCCUUGAGCCUGCAGAACGACGUCACGGUUCUCCAGCUCAACAGGAUGGCCACCAUCAACAGCAACGUGCAGGUGGCCCGGCUGCCCGCCCAGGGCCAAGGCGUGGGCGCAGGGGUGCAGUGCGUGGCCAUGGGCUGGGGCCAGCUGGGCACAAACCGGCCGCCGCCCGCAGUCCUGCAGCAGCUCAAUGUGACCGUGGUGACGGCCCUCUGCCGCCCCGCCAACGUGUGUACCCUGGUGCCACGCCGGCGCGCUGGCAUCUGCUUUGGGGACUCCGGCGGGCCCCUGGUCUGCAACGGGCUGGUCCACGGGAUCGACUCCUUCAUCCGAGGGGGCUGCGGCUCGGGUGUCUUCCCGGACUCCUUUGCCUCCGUCGCCAACUUUGCAGACUGGAUCAACUCCAUCAUCCGCCGCUAUGGUGAUGAUGACGGCCCCUCUCGCCACCCUAGGGACCCUGCGGGCAGGACCCGCUAGAAAGGGCUGCUCCUGUCACCCCACCCACCUCACCUGCCCCUGGCUGGGCCCUUCCCACGAAGCAUCAUGUGGCACCUGGCACAAUAAAAACACUCAGUUUUGUA